AUUGGGCCGAGUAAUAUUGAGGCCCAAGCACAUUGUUCAAUUCUGUUCUGCUGUAUUCGACUUCACUGCCCUCACUCUGUCGUCGCCGUUACAACUACUGCCUCCCGAAUCUCCGCAAACUCUCUGCGUUCAAUUUAACCUUUCAAGAAUUCAAAACCCUUCUGUUAUUCCUAUCAUAAGUUUGAAUAAACAGACAUGUCUGAUACUAGGACAAAUCCAACAUUCAGCAAAUCAACUGGGUUGCCGCGAAAGCGCUUCUAUAGAGCACGAGCUCACAGCAACCCGUUAAGCGACUCCCACUUCCCUGUGCCGUUAACACCCGCUCAUGUUGACUAUUCUCUCCAUUAUCCUCAAGCUGAUAGUUCCAAAAAGAUCAAGUUUGCUGAUAUUGGCUGUGGUUUUGGAGGACUGCUCAUUAGUCUCUCGACUUUGUUCCCGGAAACACUGAUGAUUGGAAUGGAACUUAGAGAUAAAGUGUCCGAGUAUGUAAAGGAACGGAUUUUAUCUUUAAGGGUUGCGAAUCCGGGUCAAUACCAAAAUAUUUCUGUGGUCCGAACUAACUCGAUGAAGUACAUUCCGAAUCACUUUGAGAAAGCACAACUCUCGAAGAUGUUUUUCCUGUUUCCUGAUCCUCAUUUUAAAGAGAAGAAUCAUCGUCGUCGGGUUAUUAGCCCGUUCUUACUAGAUGAGUAUGCUUAUGUUCUUGAGGUUGGUGGAAUUAUAUACACGAUAACAGACGUGGAAGAGCUUGGGGAAUGGAUGAAAUCGUGUUUGGAGAAUCACCCUCUGUUUGAACCAUUGACUGAGAAAGAACUUGAAGCAGAUCCAGCUGUUAAGCUUUUAACCUCUGCUACUGAAGAAGGCCAAAAGGUUGCUAGAAAUGAUGGACAAACUUUCCAAGCUGUUUUCAGACGCAUUGCGCGAUCUGAUCAGAUAUCGUAGACGCUGAUUGCUUAAUCUAAGGUACUGGGAAUGCAAAGAAAUAUUGCUACAGAAGAAUCAUAAUCAUAUGGUCUUUGCAUUCUUCAUUUGUUAUAUAUGUACUAAUUUUCAUUUCAUGUUGAGUAGAACCUAUUCGAUUGAAAGCGGAAUUAUCUUGCAGAGUGUAGUUCAGGAUGUAAAACAUUUUUCGAUUUGUCAUAGCAGCAGUUUUGGUUCAUUAA